CGUUCAUCCUUAGGCGGGGUUUCAUGAAUUCAGCUUGAAGGGUUAGCUACACAGUCAAGCAAAAAUGGCAAAUAUCAACGACUCAAAGUUUCGAGCCGAUCAAGGCGGGGAUUGGCAUAGAAGACAAGGGAGCCACGUCCGCGGCGGGCAGAUUAGCAUCCCUGCGGACCCUCACUUUGAAGGAAAUGCAAUUGAAGUCCGAGCAUUGAGAAGUUCGAUCAGUGACGCUGGCGCCCUGAUGCAUAACCUCAGCUUAGCACCCUCCAUGAGGGAUCGAAGAGGAUCACGAAACUCUUUCGGCAUGGCAUUGCCAAUUCCCAGAUCUCCCCGUACGUCGAGACUUUCUUCGGUGCAUCGAGAUGCCGCAAGCGCAAAGAGAGACAUCUUGGCCUCCCAGAUACAGGAUCUGUCAAAGGAAAAAGUGGAAGCUGCCAAAAACAUGGCGUUUGCCUUUGAUAUCGACGGUGUGUUGGUUCAUGGAACGCGACUUAUCCCCGAGGCAGCCCGAGCGAUGGAGCUUCUAAACGGCGAUAACGAGCUUGGGAUCAAGAUUCCAUAUAUCCUGCUCACCAAUGGUGGAGGAAAGACCGAGGCAGCCCGAGUAGAAGAACUUUGUGGUAUAUUAGGGUCCGCAAUUUCGACAGAUCAGUUUAUUCAGUCCCAUACUCCAAUGCAGGCAUUGUCUGAGUACUAUGAAACCGUUCUUGUGGUCGGGGGCGACGGAUACAAGAUCAGAGAGGUUGCCGAAGACUACGGAUUCAAAAACGUAGUCCUCCCAAAGGACAUUCUCGCAUGGGAUCCAUCGAUCUCCCCAUGGAGCAAACUUUCAGAAGAGGAGCGAAAGCAAGCGAAAGUUCAAGCGUUCGACACAAUGAACUUCGAAGCGAUCAUGGUCUUCGCUGACUCACGAGACUAUGCAACCGAUAUGCAGAUCAUCAUGGACCUUCUUCUCAGUGAAAACGGUAGACUGAAGACGAAGGCUAAGAACCCGCUCGAUAACCAGUUACCCAUAUAUUUCUCGCAGGGCGACUUGCUCAUGCCCACGGAACACGGCGUCCCACGGUUGACUCAGGGCCUGUUCCGCAUCAGUAUCGAGGCCAUGUACAAGUCGUUGACAGGUGGCGAUCUCGAGCGUGUUGUGUACGGCAAGCCCGAGUUAGCCACGUAUAAAUUCGCAGACGAGGUGAUGAAGCAAUGGAUGAAAGAAAUUCACAACGAGCAUAUCUUGCCGGAAAACAUAUACAUGGUUGGUGACAACCCUCAGUCAGACAUUGUUGGCGGCAACAUGUACGGAUGGAAUACAUGUUUGGUCCGCACGGGUAUAUUCCAGGGCGGGGAGAACGACGAGGAGAAUCCAGCGAAUUUCGGCGUCUUCGCUAACGUCCUGGACGCAGUGCAAGCGGUAAUCAAGAAGGAGCUUGGAACAGAGUUCAAGCUGCGGUGGAAUGACAAAAUCAACCCCGUUCUACACCCAGAUGGGAUUUCGGCGGUUGAAUAGAGACAGAAAUCCAUCAUUCUGGGUUUCUGCAGUUAGUUAUUUUCUCAUGUGUUCCACGUUGCUUAGUCAUCCUUGGCUCCAGGUGAUCUGUGUCCUGCUGGUUAUCUAGAGAGGAGAACUGCAGAGGAAGAUGCUUGUCAAUAGUUAGCUACGGAGAAAUCUUGGUGCUCCGUGAUCAUUGCGCGAAUGCCUGCUGCCUGUCGCCCACAGCAAUACGAUUUUUUGAUACCUCACGGUCGACAAAGCUGGCCAUUAAGGAAUUCAGGAUGUCUCAAGAAACCGAGACCCUUCGCUGCCUUUUAGAAGACUUAAGAAAGGCGUCGAGUGGAGCUUGAACUUGAAUGUGUGCAAGCUGCACAACAAGACCUAGAAACUACAAUAUAGAGUCUUCAGAGAGUAUGAGCAAAAUAUAUGAUGCUUAAGAACGAAACUCAGGAUAUGCUACAUGAUCUACAUU